UAUAUAUAUAUAUAUAUACACACACGCUAUCAUGACCAAUAUAUCUUAGCAAGAUAAUGAAAGGUUGUUAUCACAUACACAUUGUAACCUUUUCUGGAUAGUUAGUCAUCAAUUCUUUCAAUUCUCGUCUGAGGUCACGUUCUCUGUAUGUAAAUGCACAAUAUACCUGGAAAUAUUAACCCAGGGUAUUACACUCUUGUUAUGACAUGAUCCUUCUUACAAUAGUCAGUAGUGUUCAUUAUUGUGUACCCCGUGACAAGGGGGUCAAUACUGGUGGUGUGGCCAGGCUUGUGUUGGCCACAUGCUGGUGGUGUGGCCAGGUAUGUGUUGGCCACAUGCUGGUAUUGUGGCCAGGUAUGUGUUGGCCACAUGCUGGUGGUGUGGCCAGGUAUGUGUUGGCCACAUGCUGGUGGUGUGGCCAGGUAUGUGUUGGCCACAUGCUGGUGGUGUGGCCAGGUAUGUGUUGGCCACAUGCUGGUAUUGUGGCCAGGUAUGUGUUGGCCACAUGCUGGUGUUGUGGCCAGGCUUGUGUUGGCCACAUGCUGGUGGUGUGGCCAGGUAUGUGUUGGCCACAUGCUGGUGGUGUGGCCAGGUAUGUGUUGGCCACAUGCUGGUGGUGUGGCCAGGUAUGUGUUGGCCACAUGCUGGUGGUGUGGCCAGGUAUGUGUUGGCCACAUGCUGGUAUUGUGGCCAGGUAUGUGUUGACCACAUGCUGGUAUUGUGGCCAGGUAUGUGUUGGCCACAUGCUGGUGGUGUGGCCAGGCUUGUGUUGGCCACAUGCUGGUAUUGUGGCCAGGUAUGUGUUGGCCACAUGCUGGUGGUGUGGCCAGGUAUGUGUUGGCCACAUGCUGGUGGUGUGGCCAGGUAUGUGUUGGCCACAUGCUGGUGGUGUGGCCAGGCUUGUGUUGGCCACAUGCUGGUGGUGUGGCCAGGUAUGUGUUGGCCACAUGCUGGUGGUGUGGCCAGGUAUGUGUUGGCCACAUGCUGGUGUUGUGGCCAGGUAUGUGUUGGCCACAUGCUGGUAUUGUGGCCAGGUAUGUGUUGACCACAUGCUGGUAUUGUGGCCAGGUAUGUGUUGGCCACAUGCUGGUAUUGUGGCCAGGUAUGUGUUGGCCACAUCACUCAUGCAUCAGGAUAGUGGCUAUGUCUGGUGAUGGACUUUAAGGCCAAUUAACCUUUUGGUGGUUAUUAAGGCCACCAAUGGCCCCUGGUCUACCAUGUAGAGUACUUUUGUUCUUAACAUUAUGCAGGAUGAAAGUAAACUGUGAGUAUACCCAGAGGAGCUGAGUAUACAUCUCGCUGUGUGUGAGUAUCCGUGAUUAAAGUUGUUCGUAGCCAGACAUAACAUGUUUUAAUAGCCACCGAGUAUAUGUAAUUGUUGAUCUUUAUACAACAAAUGUUUUUAAAAUGUGUGUUGCAAUUGCAGACUGGAUAUGGUUGUUAUAUAUAUAUA